CGAAAAUAGCACAUCGGCUUCUGGUGAGAACUCGUCAUUUCGCGCACACGAUUGAUAAAUACUGUUCAUGCUACGAUAGGUCCUGCGCUGGGAUUGUUAACGAUGAGUGAUUAAGAGCCGGUGCUUGCCAAGCUCAAUGACGGCCAGGAACUACGCAUGGAAGGUCCGGUCAGUAUCAACAAUGACGCUUCGCGAGCAGAAAGCUUCGUUGCGAAAGCGUAUUGGUGAUGAGCUUAAGAAGCUCAAUCCUGAUGAGAUUGAAAGACAAUGUAGGGGUCUCCCACGAAACGCAUAGUAGUUGGCUGAUGGUGGAAGCGACCAUCAUUACGGAACAUGUCCUGCAAAUGCCAGCUUAUAAGAAUGCAAAGUCAAUAGCAAUAUUCUUGUCAAUGCCAGGAAGAGAAGUCUCGACGCGAGAGAUUGUUCUGCAUUCCUUGGAGAACGGUAAAGCCGUCUUCGUCCCCUAUCUGCGCCCAGGAGAGGCUCCAAAGUCCAGAGUCAUGGACAUGCUGCAAUUGAGGGACACGGGAGAUUUUCAAUCACUGAAACCAGACAACUGGGGUAUACCUUCACUUUCGACGGAAUCGGUUGAUGAAAGAAAGAAUGCUAUGGGAGGGAGGGGAGUUUCGAACAGACGUGAUGAGAAAGCAGUUCCAAAUCUUGACCUCAUUUUCAUGCCCGCCGUGGCAUUCGACCGGUCUCAUCGACGACUCGGCCACGGCAAGGGCUUCUAUGACCGCUAUCUCCAGACUUACAAGGACGCGCUUGAUCCAAACCAAGCUGGACAAAAGAUGCCAUACCUGGUUGGACUUGCCCUUUCUCAACAGAUGCUGCCGCCUGAAGAAGACAUUCCUGUCGACGAGAGUGAUUGGAUAGUUGAUGAGGUUGUCACUGCCGAGACCUGAAUGCGGUACGGCUGCUAUGCCCCCAACACAGCAUCCUCCGUGCUUUCUCAGGCCAUAUCUGGGACUGGCCACAUUCUUGCUGUGUUUUUUUGCCAGUAUAUAUGCUCUUUCUGCUCAGUCCAGUGACUGUAUCAGCGAAACAUUGUCUCCUUUCAGU